AUGUUUUAUCCUUUCCCACUUGACCCGCCUCGUGCUCGUCGUCAAAAUCCCACUGGGUGCUACCGACAGACUUUUGAACUGCCAGUAAGCUGGAUAAGUGACGAUCGACGAGUUUUUGUCGUGUUCGAGGGUGUUGAUUCAGCAUUUUACUGUUGGAUCAAUGGUAAGUUUGUCGGGUACUCACAGGACAGUCGACUGCCCGCUGAGUUCGAUGUAACUGAGUAUCUCUUGCCUGGGACUAAUUUGUUAGCUGCUCAAGUGAUGCGUUGGAGUGAUGGGAGCUAUCUGGAAGAUCAGGAUCAUUGGUGGCUAAGUGGUAUUCACCGUGAUGUAGUUCUCUAUGUUAAAGAGCCCACUUUCAUAGCUGAUUAUGUAGUUUCAACUAACGUACCCGAGGGAUCAGUUGGAUCAGCUCUAGUUGUCGCUGACGUUUUUGUACACGAAGCUGUUACUGCUGAUGUAUCGCUGCCUUCAGAUGUCGAUCUUGACGUACAACUAUACGAUGCCAACAGAAAGCUAGUAGCGGACGCCACUACUGAUUCUAGUGAUUUGGAGUUAUGUGACCCAGGGGAAGUACACGGUCAGCCAUUUGAAAAGUCUCCACCUUAUUUCAUCAGAAAAGUUAGUGUAAAACUUGAAAUUCCAACGGCUCAUCUUUGGACGGCAGAGACACCAUAUCUGUACACCCUAGUUAUGCGAACACUUUCACCACUGGGUAGGUCGAUUGAUCAGAAUGGCCCCAAAAUGAAGGUUAUAUCAGACGUCGAGGCGUGUCGUGUCGGAGUUCGAACAGUAAAGAUAUUUGGUCAGCGGCUUCGCGUGAACCAGGAACCGAUUAUUAUUCAAGGUGUCAACCGCCACGAACACUGUCCAAAACACGGUAAGGCGGUGACCAAACAAUCGAUGCUCCAGGAUGUGAUCAUGAUGAAGAGAUAUAAUUUCAACGCAGUUCGCACGAGCCACUACCCUAAUCAUCCUCGCUUCUAUGAUUUGUGUGACGAACAUGGACUUUAUGUGUGUGAUGAGGCGAACAUGGAGACUCACGGAUUCAAUGUGGGACUGCAUCCGACACCGUUCUUAUCGAACGACCCCCGUUGGCGGCUUGCCCACAUCGCCAGAGUGGCGCGAAUGAUACAGCGAGAUCGCAACCACGCCUCUAUAAUCAUGUGGUCACUCGGAAAUGAGGCUGGUUGUGGAGGAGGCCAGCACGCGAUGGCAACUUGGGCCCGGUUAAACGAUUCUACUAGGCCACUGCACUACGAAUCGGGGGGGUCUCGAACAACAUGUACGGACAUCAUAUGCCCGAUGUAUGCUAGAGUACGCACCUGCGAAUACAUGGCAGCCGAGACCUGUGCACAAGGUCGACCAGUAAUUCUCUGUGAAUAUAGCCAUGCAAUGGGAAACAGCAAUGGGAACGUAAAUAAGUACUGGGAUUGUUUUAGGAAGGAAGGUGCAGUGCAGGGGGGUUUCGUCUGGGACUGGGUAGAUCAAGGCCUGGAUAGUGUAUCUCACGAUGGUCAGCGUUUUUGGGCGUACGGAGGAGACUUCGGAGACCAACCGAACGAUGCACAGUUUUGUAUAAAUGGUUUGGUUUUUCCGGAUCGUAGGCCUCAUCCAGCGACUGAAGAGCUCAAGUUUUUAAUGCGGCCAGUCACUUUUCACUUGACGAUGUCGUCUGAGACAACACCGUAUUCAGAUGUGGACGUUUAUGUCCGGAACUGGUUAAACUUCUCAACGUUAAACGGUUUACAGACAUCGUGGACUAUUAUGGCUGACAGCGGUACCAUGCUAUCGGCUGGAGACUUAUCACUUCCUGUGAUACCCGCUGGCUGCGUGUUGAAUUUCCCGUGGUUGAGUUACUUCCCAAAACUUAGUGAGCUUGCACUCGCUGCUCUUCGCUGUUAUCAUUCGUCACGAAUCGCUCCACUUCGAGAAUUGUACCUUGAGCUCAGAACCAUCAUUCAAAGGCCGACUUCGUGGUGUGAUGGUGGACAUGAAGUGGCAUGCACACAAUUAACACUUCCUAUGCCGUUUGGAGGCUUCUUGCCAGGUCCUAAAAUUAUGAAAUCGUUGCCUACUAAAUUUCCAACUCUGCGUGUGCAUGAAUCAAGCGAAGGACUCCUGCAGGUGCAAUCUGCUGCUGGAAUGGACUUAACAUUUUACUUAACUGGAAAACUGAAUGGCACCGUACGCAGUGCUUUCGAUAGAGGCUUACCGAUACUAGUAGGAGGGCCUGUCCCCUGCUUCUGGCGUGCUCCCACAGACAAUGACCGAGGGGGCGAAGACAUCUCGUACUGCUCUCGUUGGCGAAGAGCGGGCAUGGAUCGUCUGAGGAUGGUAUCCUAUUUAUUUUUGCAAGUUUUGGACUCCGAACUAGUGUCUAGUCCGUCUGGCUCAAUCCGGAUGUCAGCUACAUAUCGUUUUAAUUCAGGAGGAGAUAACUGCGAUGACACUUCUGGAAUUUCUGCUGAGCUUACUCAUGUUGUGCACACGACAGGCUCAGUAUCUGUCUUCAUGACAAUUAAUGCUUCCCGAUCUUUACCUCCACUUCCGCGCGUAGGUUUGCAAAUGUGCAGCCCCAACAGCAUGCGGAGAAUUGAGUGGUUCGGUCGCGGACCAAAUGAGUGCUAUCCAGAUCGAAAAACAGCUGCAAUGAUGGGCCGUUACGUCACUAGUGUAGAUGAUAUGCACGUCCCGUACAUAAUUCCAGGUGAAAAUAGUGGACGCUCAGAUGUCAGCUGGAUGGCAUUACGUUGCGCGACGUCUGCUUCAAAUCUGGGAAAAUAUGAUGCAGCGACUGCAGCAACCUUGCCAGAAAAGUUGCACUCUUGGACCUUAGGACCUGGAGCAGUUCACACCCACGAGCUGGAUGUGUUAGAUAAUGUCAAAGAAAGUUUCGUGCACGUACACAUUGAUCACGUUCACAUGGGCGUUGGAGGAGACGACAGCUGGACACCAUCCGUUCAUCCAGAGUUCACAAUACAAACAGGUAGAGAAAUGACAUUUGGAAUUACAAUCGUUGCACUUCCUCGUGAGGGUGAUCCUUUCGAAGUAUAUCAACACUUGCAGAGGCAAGGUCUUCUCCAAGAUGGUUAUUCUGACUGUCACUAA